GAAAGCAAUUUGAACGCACCCAGAAAUCUAGAACUGGCGGUGGAUGGAACGCCUCAAGAUCCCAGCGAAGCGAGGUGGUUGGGCUGUCAUGUUUUAUUUCCGGACAAGCAGCCACCAGCGCAAUUUGAAGCAAGGCUCAGGGGGGCAUUCGGUUCAUCGAUGCCUCACGGAUCCUUUUUCACGCGAAGUCUAUUGCAUGAACCAACAGUCGGUGGUGGUUGCUCGCGUUGUGCAUGCGCCCGCCACAUUUGCUUCAUCGAUCCAUGCGGUUUUCCACUACAUGCGUACCACGGAGUACUUAUUCAAAAGGACCAGGGCGGGAAACACCUCAUCGGGUCACCCAAGACUCGCUUCGCCGUCGGCAUUAUCAUGCGGUUUCGGCAUUGAACAACGGUGUGGCCUUCACACAACCUUGUGGCUCGCCAGGCACGUCCCGUUGAACUUGGUACAGGGGUCACGACGGCAUCAAGCGACUCUCAGGCCAUAUGCUUGCUGCUGGAGCCCAUUUCUCCAUUCCUGCCAGGAGACAUUUGACUCCUGAUGCGAUGCGACUGCGACGUAACUUCACGUUCUAGACUGUCGUACCCUCUCACAUCCUAGCAACCCUUUGAGUGCUGGUAGCCAGGAACCAGGGUCUUGGGCCAUGGGGAUGAAAUCAGUGGCGUUCGACUGGGCGUCGACGUUGGCCGAUGAGGAACCGUGGAUUCGGCUCGGGGUGAUGGGAGAC